AUGCGUACAAACUGGUUCGAGACGUCUGGCGCUCGGGAGCUACGUGAAAGUAGUGCACUUAAGUAUCAUGAUUACUUGUACAAUAGCAAGCACUGUUCAUCCACCCAGUUUGAAGAAGAUCUGCGCCAAAUUGAGCUGGAUUUGCCACGUACAGGCGAGUCUAUCCGCCAUUUCCUGCUUACUCAAGACGAGAGGAAUUCUCUACAGGAGGAGGCUGAGAUGCCGCGGCAUGUGAUGCAUCGAUUUCUUCCGCAACUAAAAAAUAUACUUUUGGCGUACAGCGUAAGAAACCCGCGAGUGGGCUACGUUCAGGGCCACGCUGACGUGUUGUGCUUUCUUUUGGGAAGUAUUAAUGAGAAAAAAGAUGAAGAAGAGGUAUUCUGGGUCUAUGCUAGCGUUAUAGAAAGAGUUUUUCCCGAGGAUUACUUCGCUCGGGCACCAAAGCUUCACGGAUUUCAAGUGGACUGCAAGCUUUAUUGUGAACUGGUACACGAGAAACUUGUUCCACUCAAUCCGGUUUUGUCUAAGAUUGACCUGCCCUUUGUCACAACUUUACUGUCCUGCAAAUGGUUUGUUUCGCUCUGGGUUGGAGAGCUACCAGUGCCGUUGUUGUACGAGGUCUGGAAUACGAUGUUAUCUGAAGAAGACGGCACGAUACUGCAUCUAUUAGUUGCUUUGCAUGUAUUUAAUCUUGCUUUGGGCAAGAUUCAGGAUCAUAUGGAAUGGGACUCAAGCUAUAUCUACAAGAUUAUAUUGGACCAGUGUCAAUGCGCGACUGAAAUUGCUCCGAGGGCACUCCUUUAUCAAGCACGCACAACGUACGGUCUCAAGGAUGAAUCUGUUGAGGAUAUGCGAGCAGCUCUUCGCCGCCUACCACCAUUACGCGAGGCAGAAUUUGCUGUCCUUGCCAACUUCACACACUUUGAUUAUCUAGAAAUGAAACGACUUCACGACGAAUUCACAUUUCUUCGCUUUCAAAAAAAAAAAUCUGGACGCUCCAAGUUGCGUGGGUUGAGGCACGAACAGCUGGAAAACAUUUUCUCACGGAUAUUUAAAACGUUGCCUGUUGACAUCUAUGGACAAAUUUAUCGCCUUUUGAGGCCCGACGGCUAUGGAAAUGUUUCCUAUUAUAGUUUAGUUCAGUUUUUAUCCGUAGUGACUCUUGGGGCGCCAGAAGAAAAGGCACACCUUUUAUUCCAAAUCGCUAACCACCAAAGCUGCGAUUUUCUCAACCAGCAAGACAUCGCGUAUCUUGCAGAUUUGAUGUGUUGUCUAUUGUUAAAUCAGAUUGUAGCAAGCGGUAAGGAAGUUCGAAUACACGAGUAUGGGUUUGGCGAGUCGAUAUUCGACGCCGCCAAAAGUCCACUACUGCGAAGGCACUUUCGAAAUAAAUUAAUGUCGCUGGUCUCAUCGGAUGGCCCACUUCAGUAUUCGAAAUGGCUUGAGCUUGCAUUUGGGGAUAGCGAGAUAGCACAAUUGAUGGCUUGGUAUACGAUACCACAUCAACCGAAUGACUUUCUGGGCACUCGAUAA